AUGAAUCCCCCACUGCUGGCUGUGCCCAUUCCAGAAAAAUCAUUGAUUCUCUAUAUUUCCGCCCAAGAACAGCCGGUUGGGGUCUUACUUGCUCAAGAAAAUGAUGAAGGUAAGGAGAAUGCGCUGUAUUACUUGAGUCGGAUGAUGACAUCUAAUGAGUUGAAUUACUCACCCAUCGAGAAGUUGUGUUUGGCACUUAUAUUUGCCAUCCAGAAGUUGAAACAUUAUUUUCAAACACACACUAUUCGACUCAUAUCUAAGUCUAAUCCCAUUAAAUAUGUCAUGGCAAAACCUGUACUGUUUGACCGACUCACGAGAUGGUACCUCCAGUUUCAACAAUUUGAAAUUAUUUAUGUACCUGCGAAGGCUGUCAAAGGACAAAUAUUGGCAGACUUUUUAGCGGAUCAUCACAUACCUGCCGAGUGGGAAUUGACUGAUGAACUCUCCGAUGAAGCAGUGUUUAUGAUCGAAUCCCCAUGGUCAAUGUAUUUCGAUGGAGCCGCGCACCGUGACGGAGCUGGUGCAGGAGUUAUCUUUUAUACUCCUGAAUCAGAUAUAUUACCAUACUCUUUCACUUUAACACGUCGGUGUUCAAACAAUAUGACUGAAUAUCAGGCAUUGAUUCUCGGUCUGGAAAUGACCGUAGACAUGAAGCAGUUGCAUCUUAGGGUCUAUAGUGAUUCCAAAUUAGUGGUAAAUCAACUUCUUGGUAUUUAUGAUGUUAUAAAGCCUAAAUUGAUCCCAUAUUAUAAGUAUGCAAGACAACUCAUGGAAUAUUUAGAUAAUGUCACUAUAGAACAUAUUCCUAGAAAUUUCAACCAACAAGCUAACUCUUUAGCAAGAUUGACGUCCAUGAUCACUCUACCUUUUCAUCGAAAUCAAAUUUCAAUAUGUCAAAAUUGGAUCAUACCUCCGAUGUUUGAUGAAGAGGAUGAUGGUGAGGAAGAAAAUGCUUAUCAUAUUUUUGUCCAUGAGAUCGAAAAGGAGGAUUGGCGUCACCUCAUCAUUGAUUACAUUAAUCAUGGAAAGUUAUCAUAA